AUGGAGCCCUCUUCAGGCCAACGAAAGAUGAUUGUUGGGAUUGACUUCGGAACCGAGAAAACUUGCGUAUCGUAUGCUGCUUGGAACAGCUUCCAGAAAGAACCGCCGCCUAUCUCCUCCUUGACCAUCAACGACCGAAUCGUAUUCGCGUCAUGUCUGGCACAAGACCAAAACGAAAGGAUAUUGUGGGGUCAAGAAGCCUACGAUAGCCAGCAAGGACCCGUAUAUAAAUGGCUCAAGCUAUUUCUAUACGAUCCGGAUCACCCAAUUCUACAAGAGCCGGAUGCACCGAAGUUGCCCGAGGGUUCCUUGCCCGAGAAGCUUGUCACACUGUACCUUCGUCAGGUCUACGACGCAAUCACUGAGAUGAUCCGCAUACAUCAUUCCGAUUGCGAUCAAGGGACUGACUAUUGGUUUGGUUGGCCAGCCACGUGGUCCGACGAGAGCCAACAGAAGAUGAUGAGAGCGGUGCAAGAAGCAGGAUAUGGGAAUGAUUCGGAUCGCGUUUUUUUCCUGACGGAGGCCGAGGCGGUCGCGUUGUUUUUCACGCAGCAUGAGAAACUUGGCAAGCCCCCAAGUAGCCUUUCAGUUGACUGGCAGUCUGUUAAGUUGGGCGAUGGCCGUAUUUUGAUAUGUGAUAUAGGAGGGGGUACAACAGACGUCGUUGCGCUGCAAAUACAGAAUAGCGGCACAAAUCCUACCUAUGAACUGUUGAGUAAAUCCUCCGGCAACGACUGUGGGUUGGCGGCCAUGGAUGCUGCACUCCGUGGGCACGUCAGGGGUCUCCACGGAGUACCUUCCCAACAGCUUUUGGACAAGAUAGGCAAUUUGAAAAGGAGAUUCACUGGCAAGGAGGAUCGUCCGAUAUUUCUUCCUGGAUCAGGCCAACGCACUGCUCUCCCAGGAGAUAUCAAGAAAUGCUUAAAUCCAACUAUCGAAAAGAUUCUCGCUUUAAUCCUGGAAAACAUUAAUGCAUCACGCCAAAUGCAACUGCCAAUCUCGGGGACAGCCGAGGUACUAUAUCUUCAAGAAUACGCGCCAAUAUCUGUCGCAUGGGGAGCGACUCUCCGAGGCGCCCUGGGUAGGGCUAUUCCCCGCCUAAAGUUUGACAGGAGCUACGGCCUGGAAGUUACCUCUGAGGCCAUUGUCCACGAGGAAGGGCUUGACACGUGGAUUCGAAGGAAGAAGUCCACACCUCAUUGGUUUGUGCGAAAGAAUCAGGAAUACGCGAUAGAUCAGCAAGAGAGGCGUAUUUUCAAUAUCUUUCACCGUGCUGGCGAUCCGGCGACGAAAAUAAUCAACAUUGUCGAGCAUCCCGGAACGUGCCCUUCUCCCGAUGACGGAAUAAAUUUGGUGCCCAAAGGAGUCUUCCAGUUUUGCCUUCGGUUGCAAGAUCGCGAUAGCAUAUUGCGCACAGGUGAUGAGUGCAGCAUUAAGGUGCAGAUCGCUUGGACCCUGACAUACUCGGAACAGCAGGCAGGAGUGGAUCUCGUUGCCAGUGUGAAGGAUGCCGAACUUGGACGAGAGGUUAAGGUUCUGGACGGACAUGAAGUGGUACAUUGA